GUCUCGCUAUCCUUGAUGGCAUUCUAAUUAUACCACUGAUCAACCAGCAGCACGGACAGCGGUCUCAUCGACAUUGUCCUGUCCAACUCUUUCCAAUCAUGACUCCGAAGUGAGACACCGGGUUUAAAAGGCGAUAUCCUCUUCUGAUUCAACUCUUACCCUCUCAACCUCCUUACAAUUCGACAUUUAUUAGUCACAUAAAUCACCACACUCAUCUAGCAUGCAUCUCACUACCUUGCCCACAAUAUCUCUCGCUGUCGCGAACUUGGCCGCCGCCAAUCCUCUUCACCAAGUCUCUCGCUCAACCGAAAACAGUUCUGGAGCAUCCACGUACGCCGCCGAUGAUAAUUUAGGGCAGAAGAUCCUCGCCAAGGCGCAAGAGGCGGAAGGGACGCCAUAUGUCUGGGGCGGCGGAUCCUGCUCCGGCCCAACUGGCAGUCCUACGGCAGGUUAUGACUGCUCUGGUCUCGUGAGCUGGGCUGUGUGCCAGGUGACGGGGCGGAAUCUGUUCGAUGAAGGGUUGCGCGUCACUUACUCUAUGUACUGCGCCUCCGAAACCGCGUUGAAGUAUAAGAAGGUGCCGUACGCUGAGCGCCGCGCUGGCGAUGCCGUCUUCUUUGGCGGCGAAUGCGACUGCAGCAAUGACCCAUCAGGGGUGCACCACGUCGGCCUUAUGCUUGGUGAUGGUACCAGCAUGUGGAAUGCGUUGAAGACGGGAACCAACGUCCGCGCGGAUGAUUUUAGCACCUGGGAUGAAGACCCUUGCCCAUAUGUUGUUCGGUUUUCGUGAAACUGGGUUGUCUCCAGUCUGGGGGUAAUACUGUGCAAGCAAAAAGCCCUGACUAACCCCCUAUGCAGCUUCUUCGACUUCGCUAGUACAGAUACAAAUUAGCGCUUGCUUCUCCUGAAUUGGCAAAAUGAAUAAGCAAAAAUCACCUAUGUUACGUAAUUCCAGCGUCAUCACCAAGCUCACAGCACCCAAAAUCGGGGCGGAUUUUCUCCCCACGACCUAC